AUGAUGGUUCUCAGGCGAUCUGCUCGCCUAAGCGCAACACCCAGCAAGGCCGCAUCGCCCCUAUUGCAAGCCCGCACUCAGACAAACAAAGCCGGCAGGGCUCCGCCCAGCAGCAGCAAAGGAGUGACCAAGGCGCGAAAAGCACCGGAGAAGAACAAGGGUGCCUUGAACUCGAAAGUGAAAAAGACCCCCCUCCCGCCUAAGGCGACAACAGCACCAGCAGCCGGGGACGGCACUGCGGGCGGACAUGAAGCAGCAGCGCCCCAGAACAUCUUCGAUCCAUCCACCACCACGACUAGCUCUACCAACCGGUCGCUGCAUUCUACCCCUCCGCCUCUCGACCGACCCGUCGAGCUUCACGGGACAAAUGCCCCCCUCCUCACGCCCCAUGGCUCUUCGGUUGUUGCGUAUCCGCCCGGUAGCAGCACCGAGGACGCCUCUCCCAGGAAGACCGGUCGACCUCGUCCGACGGCCACUACGGGCACGCUCCUAGACCAAGCCCUCGCGCACUUGAUCGCCGCGGACUCGCGACUCGAGCCCGUCAUCAACCAGCAUCCGUGUCCCCUCUUCUCGCCCGAGGGACUGGCCGAGCCGAUCGAUCCGUUCCGCGCUCUGGUCGUCAGCAUCAUCGGACAGCAGGUGUCAGGCGCGGCGGCCAAAUCGAUCCGCGACAAAUUCGUCGCCCUGUUCAAUACGACGACCGAAGGUCAAGGAGAUGAUCCUGCGAACUCCGGGGGGAAUAUUCGAUUCCCCACCCCCGAGGAGAUCAUCCGGCUUGAUAUCCCCACGCUGCGGACGGCAGGUCUCUCCCAGCGCAAGGCCGAGUAUAUCCAGGGGCUCUCGCAGAAGUUCGUAGACGGGGACCUGAGUGCCCGGAUGCUGGUGAAUGCCAGUGAUGAGGAACUGUUCCAGAAACUGAUCGCCGUCCGAGGCCUGGGCCAGUGGUCCGUCGAGAUGUUCGCCUGCUUCGCCCUGAAGCGCAUAGAUGUGUUCUCGACUGGUGAUCUGGGUGUGCAAAGAGGCUGUGCCGCAUUCGUGGGUAAGGAUGUGAGUAAGCUCAAGGCAAAGGGAGGCGGUAAGUUCAAGUAUAUGGCCGAGAAAGACAUGUUGGAGUUGGCAGCGAAAUUCGCCCCAUACAGGAGCCUUUUCAUGUGGUACAUGUGGCGGGUAGAGAACGUAGACAUUGCUGUAUUGAAUCCAUGA